AUGAUGGAGUACGUGAGGGGGCUCGGCCUGGACCCGCUGGCGGAGCCGGACCUGCUGUGGGCGGCGGACGGGGCCUUCAACGCGGAGCUGCCGCCCGGCUGGAGCGAGCACCAGGACGGCCAGGGGCGCGUGUACUUCCACAACGCGUCCAGCGGGGAGUCGACCUGGCGGCACCCUCACGAGGACCGCUUCCGCGAGGCGGUGAGCCUGCAGGGCUCCCGGCCGGACGGGCUCGAGCUGGGCCAAGAGAUCGCCGCCAUCGAGGAGGACGUCCACCGCGAACUGGCGGACUGGGCGGAGUUCCACGACGAGCGAGGCGACCUGUGGUUCCACAACAGCCGCACCAACGAGUCCACCCGCGCGGACCCGCGGCCGGGCGCCUACCACGCGCUCUACGCGAGGCCCGCGCGCCGUGCAGCUGAGG